AUGGCUCGUACCAUCAGGGCCGUUGCAAGAUCUGCGCCCUCGAAACUCAAGCUAUCUCAAGUAGCCUCUAGUCGACUUCGAAGGCUGUUCGGGAAUGUCAAACCUGGAGCAAGACUCGGCCAGAAGCCAAGCGAGGGUAUUGGUGCUCAUAGGACCGAGGCGGAUUCAGAAGAUAUAAACCUUUUCUCGGAGAAUACGCAAGGCGUUACUGAGGAGAGGCAGCAACCGGGCCUGGAAUCUGCUGUUUCUCCUGUUGCAGAAGAAUUUCAUCUACAACCAGGUCUUUCUCCUUCGCAUUUACAAGAAACAUCCCCCAAAGAGAUACCACCUCGGUUAGAAGAGGUCGAAUCACCUUCGCAGUCAGGCAGUCUUCUUCCGAAUAAGCCCCUCUCUGUGGAGAACGGCCCUAGUGCUGGGGCAAUUGGUCUGGAUUCGCCGGUGCCCUCACCUUUCUUCUCAUUUCCGUCCGCUGGCUUGGACGAGGGCGUUAAGAAGGUUGCGAUAACGCCUCCAGCUGUAGGGGUUGAUGAAACUGGGAACACAGCCAUACCGCCGACAGUUUCCAAAAAAACCCGUCUUGCUGGGCGGAAAUGCCUCAUAACAGGGGCCACUUCUGGAAUAGGCUAUGCGAUCGCCAAACGGUUCCUCACGGAAGGCGUGGCCAGCGUGACAACUGUCUCACGGAGCCAGGAAAACAUCGACGCAGCCUAUAACAAAAUGAAGAAACAGACAAAAAGAAAAGGUCUUCCCUUCAAGCUCCUCCUGGGAGACAUCACCGAUCCGGCCUUUCGCCUGAAGCAUUUCAACAUGACUUCUGAACUGGCAGAUAUAGACAUCCUCAUCAACGCAGCUGGCAUCUCGCAACUUUUUCCAAUAGGUAUCACGAAGGCGGAGACGGCUCAACAGAUCAUCAAUACAAACCUCAAUGCCACCAUCGAUCUUUGCAGGUUUUUCAGCCGUAUCGUCUAUCGCCGAACCAAGAAGUCUGUACGUGAAACCCAGCUCAAGAGCACGGACCCGUCGGAAUCGGACCUCGACGACUCCGUGGACGAAGACGCGGCCGACCAGAGCUCUGAAAUCGUGAGACCAUCGAGGUUGAUUGGUCACGUUUCGCCUUGUAUAAUCAAUAUAUCGUCGCUGUUAGGCGUCAGAGGAGGUGCUGGAGCGACUGCCUAUGCAGCGAGUAAAGCAGGGGUCCUCGGUUUCACCAGGGCACUGGUUUGCGAGAGCGCUAGCUUCGCGAUAGAUAUGCGUGUAAACACCAUCGUGCCUGGAUACAUCCACACGCCUAUGACUAAAUCCUUCGCACCUGCUAGGAGAAAAAUGCUCUGCAAGCAGAUCCCUGCCGGUCGCUUCGGCACUCCUGAAGAGGUCGCCGACGCCGCCUUUUUCCUGGCAACGAACGAGUACGCCAAUAAUUGCGUGCUCAACCUGGACGGCGGACUGAGCGCUGUAUGA